AUUCAGGGGAAAAAAUGAAAUUAGUUGGAGAAGAUUGGUUAGCUCCAUGAACGAUUCAAACGGCAUGUUUUUCCCGGUCCUAAAUAAUCAAAAUCAAAAACGAAAAUUUUGCCCCUUUCUCUCUAAUUUUUCAAUUUUAGGGUUUCCUUCAACAUUUUUUUUCCUUCCCUUUACUGUUAAUCGGUGAAAAGAAUAUGCAAUGCCGUUUCUUAAUUAAAGAAAAAAAGGAAUAAUUUUAUUAGGGAUUUCGAAAUUUGGUCCUCAGGUGUUAAGAUCUGAGGCUAAUCUUUUCAUUAAAAAUUAAAAAAAAAAACAUUAAAAAUAAAAAAAGAAGAAGAAAAUGAGUGGCAGCGCUGCAAGGUUUAUAAAAUGCGUGACUGUUGGUGAUGGUGCUGUUGGUAAAACUUGUUUGCUGAUUUCCUACACCAGCAACAGUUUCCCCACGGAUUAUGUGCCAACCGUUUUCGACAAUUUCAGUGCGAAUGUUGUUGUCAACGGGAGUACUGUUAAUCUCGGGUUGUGGGAUACUGCAGGACAAGAGGAUUAUAACCGAUUAAGACCCUUGAGUUAUCGUGGGGCUGAUGUGUUCAUAUUGGCGUUUUCCCUCAUUAGUAAGGCGAGUUACGAAAAUGUUUCUAAAAAGUGGAUUCCGGAGUUAAACCAUUACGCCCCCGGCGUUCUGAUUGUUCUUGUUGGAACUAAGCUUGAUCUCCGGGACGAUAAGCAGUACCUUAAUGAUCAUCCUGGAGCUGUGCCGAUUUCUGCAGCUCAGGGAGAGGAACUGAGGAAGCAGAUUGAUGCACCCGCUUAUAUCGAAUGCAGUGCAAAGUCACAGCAGAACGUGAAGUCGGUUUUCGAUUCAGCCAUUAAAAUCGUUCUUCAACCUCCUAAACAGAAGAAAAAGAAGAAUAAACCAUGCUCGAUAAUGUGAGUAGAAACAGAAAAUGUAGAACCCCGUUCUUUCCCUUUCUUUUCUUGCACUCGAAGAAAUUAGAAGUACCCCGGAUUUUGAUCUCCCAAACCGACACAACCAAGGAUCAUCGCGAAGCAUCUUAUGGUUCAGUAGUAUAUUAUGUUAUUGCAACUCCUUUGUCAUCUCUAAUUGUUCGAAAUGAAAUAGAUCGAUGUUAGUUAGGGAACUGCUCGGGCAGUCUUUAAUUUGAUCGUUUUGUAUCGAUUUAUGUUCGUGUUUUUCGUUUUUCUAUUCUCAGUUUAUUGUAAAUCGUUCGUUUUGGAUUGAAACAAGUCCCUUUCAUCUGCUGCAUAUAUAUGAUCUGUUUAUGCCUAUUUAUAAGCACAA